GCAGCUCCCUUCGUCAUGCGGCUGCUAGCCACUGGCCAAUGGGCGGCGGGAAGGCCCAAUGGGCGGGGGCUAGCGUGUAGGGGCGGAAGUCUGCGCGGAGGUUUGCGAGCCCCUUUGCAGUUCCCAGCUCCAUGCCCCUGUCUGGGCCUCCCCCCCGCUGACCCCCUCCCAUGGCGACCGCCGUGCGGGACACCCUGUGCUUUGCCGGCUCCGAGGAGGCGGACGAGGCGAUUUGCUGUAAGUAUCGGCUACUGGAAGGAUCCUUACAUCCAAUAUUUUGUGAGACAGGCAAAAGAAAGGAAAGCACCUGAAAUUAAUAGAGGAUACUACGCUCGUGUCCAUGGAGUCAGUCAGCUACUUAAGGCUUUUUUAAAGGAGACAGAAUGCAACUGUCAAAUCAUAAAUCUUGGUGCCGGUUUGGAUACCAUGUUCUGGAGAUUAAAGGAUGAAAAUCUUCUCCCUAAAAAAUAUUUUGAAGUGGAUUUUCCAAUGAUAGUAGCAAGAAAAAUAUAUAACAUCAAAUCAAAACCUCCCCUGUCCAAACCAAUUAUGGAAUCCCAUUCUGGGGAGUCUUUUCUAAUAGAUGCUCACAGCCUAGAUUCCAGCCGAUAUGCUAUACUUGCAGCAGAUCUUCGAGAGGCAGCAGAGCUGGAGGAAAAACUAAAGAAAUUUAACAUGGAUACACAAUUGCCUACGCUCCUGAUAGCAGAGUGUGUGCUGGUUUAUAUGACCCCCGAGCAGUCCGCAAGUCUUCUAAAGUGGGCAGCGAACACUUUUCAGACGGCUAUGGUUAUAAACUAUGAGCAGGUGAACAUGGCUGAUAGAUUUGGGCAGAUCAUGAUUGAGAAUUUGCAGAGAAGACAGUGCAGCCUGGCUGGAGUGGAAGCCUGCAAAUCCUUAGACUCUCAGAGGGAGCGGUUACUGUUAAAUGGCUGGGAAACUGCAAAUGCCAUUGAUAUGAUGAAAGUCUACAGCUACUUGCCACAGGCUGAUGUCAAAAGAAUAGAGGGACUCGAAUUCCUCGACGAAAAGGAACUCCUUGAACAACUCAUGCAGCAUUACUGCAUCUGCUGGGCUACAAAAGAUAGCUGUAAUCUGGGUCUUUCAAACAUCACAUUUUAAAGUAUUCAAUUCAAAGAAGCCGGGGGCACAGAAGCCAAAGCUGCCACCUACUGCUGGAGGGGAGCUCACGCAAACCAUGGGACUGUGCAUGUGAGGACUCCAGGCUGCUCAUCCUCAUAACAGCGCCAAUGAAAAGAAAGUGACCAGUGCAGUGUUGCUGAUGCUGACCCUUUCUUGUUGGCUUGUAAUUGUUUUCAUAAAUCUCUACUGCCUUUGUGAGCAAUCGUUCCGUUAUGAGACUUUUUUCUCCCUUUUUCAGGGACUUGGUAUGAGACUGUUUUUGAAUGUCAAGAACUCCUGUUUAAAACAUCCACUCCCUUUGUUUAAAGGGGAGAGCACUGUCUCCUUGGUCGUUUUACUUCUCCUGUGUGUCUCUCGGGAUGUAUGUGAAAUGCGUUUGUGAAGGGAAGAUGUGUAAGCUGUGCCGUGGGCUGCAGUAGUGGAUGUUAUGUUGUGGUGUUCACAGCUGAUGAUGGAGGGUAUUUUUCUUCCAUUCAGGUUUAUUUAUUUUUGUGAAAAGGUAUCCUCUGGGCCUUCUCCAGGUUCAGGCUGUAGCGAGGUGGCUGCCAUUUUACUCAAUUUCUCACUGACUCUUGCUCAGCUGUGUUCAGGAAAACUGGCUGUAUUCAGCAGGACUUUGAAAGUGGAAAGGUCUUGCUUUGUAGUCCAGCAGUGAUGGCAAAGGUGAGAAAUGGAGUGGAAGAUGCAGAGCUCCAGCUGUGUCUUCACACUAGUCCCCCGCCCUCCAAAAAAAGCUACCUGAAAUUGAGUCUUGCAACUUGCCUUCAAGAAGGGUAAUAAAUGUCUAUUAUAACCUG